AUGGGAUUAAGAAAGUCAUCUUUAGAAGACUAUCGAGCGGGAUAUCGAGGCGGUCUCCACUAUCACGCCAAAAGACAUAUGCUACCACAAAACAAUGAUCACAAAAAACGAAUGAGCACACCAAAACCACGAGAACUAAGAAAAAAACCGUCGGGUCAUCUUAAACCGCUGGAUGAAGAUGACAUGGAAAAUGAUGAAGUGGUAUCAGUAGCCGUAGGCCCACCACCUGUCCGGCCCAAAUAUGACAAGUCCCAAUGGAAACACACUCCAAAACAAACUAAUAAUACCAAUAGUAAUAGCGUUCCUGCUACGAAUCUAGUCAGGGAUAUUUUAACACAACUCGGACAAGAAUUUCUGACACAUGAAGUAAGUGAAGAUUUCGUCUUUGGACAGUAUAUUGGGAACGCAAUGAGAAAUUUAACAAGUGAAUUGAGAUUAAAGAUGCAACAUGAAAUUCUGGAGCUGGUUGUAAAAUAUCAAAAGAUUAAUAGAGGAGAUAUGAGAAUUGAAGAAACUAAGCCAGAAUUACCUACGGUACAGAAUUUUAAAGACAUGCGUUCUGACAGAAAUUUCACAUCUAAUGAUAACGAAGAAAGCUGGCCUGACUUCAGUAAUUUAGCAAAAAUAGUGGGACGUAAGUGA